UAUAACAACGUGUACAAAUGUAAAACAUGCGAAUACGGUUACAAAAAUUUCGAAAUCCUCUCAUUCAGUGAGAACUGACCCCUUCCCUCCGCCCUCGGAGGGGGUCCCAGGCUGGGCCAUCGCUCUUCUCGUCCUUGUCAGCAUCCUCGUAUUUUUCCUGAUCCUCGGUCUUUUGUGGCUGCUUGUCUACUACAUUCGACGGAAGCGUCGGGGGAACAUGGAUGUGCUGAGUAGCCGGGAUUUGUACCACCCCAUGAACGAGUAUCCCACGUACCAGACCCAUGGGCGCUUUGCGCCCCCAGGAAACAAGCAAAACCCUUACGAAGAGGGGAAUAGGCAACCCCAAAACCCCACGAAGGGCUUCUCCUAUACCAACCCUGCCAUGGCCAACGAUCAACUGUAGGGGGCGCCGUUCCUACAGCCGGACUUUGGAGGGUGGGGUGAAUUGGAAAAAAAAAAAGGAACUUCAGCACUUUUCGCACCACUGAGACCCAGUGAGAAAGUGGGGUGACUUUUUUGUGGGGGGGGGGGGACACGACUUCCGAAGAGUUGCUCGCCUCCUCCGUCGACCAGGAGCAGAAUUACGGAUGGAGGGUGAAGAAGGAAUCCGUUGCCCUUCCUACACCGGGAGCCAUGCCAAGACGCUGAGGACUAGAGACUUGGAGCGACUUAUGGACCAAGAUGGGAAUUUUACUAUAAAAAAAAAAUCCUACGGGGCCGGCGGAACUCCACGCCACAAGGAUCUCGACAGGAAGUCAAAACCGAUGAACUCUCGUUUACGAAGGGACUAUUUUGCUUGAUUAAUUUAUGGCCAAUGAUUAAUUUAUGGAGACGGGCAGGGAAGUUUCGUAGCAGGAGAAAGAGACUAAUACGACUCCGGAGAGGAAGAAUCGAAGGCGGGAUUAUUAUUAUUUUUUUUUAAAAAAGAGUUCGUUCUGCGUCGAUUUCGGACGUAAAAAGAGGACCGAGAGAUUCUGGCCUUCCCCAUUUUUUUCCUUUCCCCUCUUAAUUAAAAAAAAAAAAAGCAUUCCCGAGAGGCCAACUUUGGAAGACAUGAAGGAAUGGAAUAAAUUAAAUUCAAAUUUUAAUUUUUA